AGUCGGCUAGUAAUUUUAUAAGAAACAAGUCAUGAUAAAAAAGAAUUCGGGUUGCAUUUCAACGAAGACAGGAUGUGUCAUUAUCGGAGCUUUAUAUACCUUUGCUGGAUUGUCGCUCCUUUAUUUUACAUUAGUGUUGCUUCCAUUUACAAAAUUUGUGAAGUUGGCACCUGAUGAAUUGACGUGGUACAUUUUAUUCCUAAUAUUCGUAUCAUUAUACUAUGUUUGGAUUAGCAUUGCUGGCUUUUUACUGAUAUAUGGAACGUUUAUGCGUCAACACAAAAAGAUGUUUUCUUUGUUAUUGACUCUGUUUUCACACAGUUUUAUGAUUAUGGUUUGUGAUAUAUUCUAUGAUUAUCUCGACUAUAUUCCAAUAAACAGUGAAUGCUGGCGUACACAUUAUUAUUGCAGAUCGCAACUACAAGUAUUUUUUCAAUACAAUUUCACUGCGAUAUACAUAAUUGGUAUGUUUGUCGUAGGUCUCUUUGCUGUAUGCAUUAUUUUUGAAAUGAAAAACAUUCAAAAUGAUCAGAAUGAUAGAAAUGUUAGAAUUUACAAUGAAAAAGCUUUGCUCGAUGCUGAACAAUAUUCUAAUCAUGUUUAAAUGAUGUAUAUUAGAAUUUAUUACGUCAAUCAACUGCAGAAUUGAGCAUCUGCC